UAUGAGACCUGCAUCAAUCCCAGCUGUUGUAUGUGAUGGUGCCUCUCAUCUUCCACGAUCCCGGUUUCCGCGAUAUGCGAGAAUCCAUCCUUCUGUUGACAUCAGAGGGGACCUUGUGACUUGCUGCAGAACCCCCAGAAUCCGACCAUCAACAUAUAAAAGGAUGAGUAUUCUCCCGCCAUCUUGAGCUGAAGCAGACAUUGGAUUAAACAAUCUGGAGACUUUGACAUCGACCCCUUCUAUUAUCAAGCAUGCGUCUCUCAUACCUCUCUAUCUAUGCCUUGGCUGCUCCCCUGGCAGCAGCCAUUCUCCCCCGUGCUGCAUCUCCGAACCCAACCACGCUCAUUACUGCGACCCAAGUCAACAAUGCAGCGGCCGCAGCGGCUCCUAGCCCGACCCAGCCCGGCAUUGCCUCGACCUGCAACUCGUACCAUCUGGUCGCGAGCGGAGACACCUGCGCCAGUAUUGCGACGGCUGCCGGCAUCUCGCUGACCGAUUUCUAUUCGUGGAACUCGGGCGUCGGCAGCGGGUGUACCGCCCUGUGGCUGGGGUACUACGUGUGCAUCGGCGUAGGAUCAACGACGACUACCACCACGACGACUACCACGACCACUUCGGCGGUGGCCACGCCAACUCCGAUCCAGACGGGUAUGGUGAGCAACUGCAAUGCCUUUUAUCUGGUGGCGUCGGGCGAUACGUGUACCACUGUUGCGACGAAAGAGGGAAUUACGGUGCAGAACAUUGUGGCGUGGAACCCGGCGGUGGGAACGGGCUGCACCAAUAUGUGGUACGGGUACUAUAUUUGUGUUGGAGUUUCGGCAUGAGUGAGCAUGGGUGGGUGCUGUUUGGCGAAGCGAUGGUCUAUGGUGGUCAAUAGGCAGUCGCAUGAUUAUCAUGCAUGUUGCGCAAGAACUGGGAGAAACAGUUGCUGUCAUCGACCGUGACUAAAAGUGGCAGCUUAGGUGACUUCAUGAUAGGUAGCAUAAUCCAAUCAACUUGUACUCAGUAUUAUUUUCUCUGUGCAACUCCGACUUUGAACAUUACGGUAUCUGUACAUCCAUAUGCUCUACUACUAGUAUAAGUAGAUACAUAUUAUGUUCAAGUAGCACUAGAGUCUCAGAUGAAAAAUCGGAAGACUAAUAGUACAGACUAUGGUC